GAGCCAUGCGGUUCCUCCUGCCUGUGGUUUUGGCUGUUGGCAUUGCCUCUGCUCCUGUUCGCUUUGACAGGGAGAAGGUGUUUCGUGUGAAGCCCCAGGAUGACAAACAAGCAAACCUCAUAAAGGACUUGGCCAAAACCAACGAGCUGGACUUCUGGUAUCCAGAUGCCCUCCAUCAUGUAGCUGCCAACAUGACAAUGGAUUUCCGAGUCAACAAAAAGAAGUCCCAGUUCAUCCAAGCUGCCUUAGAUCAAAAUAAAAUGCACUAUGAAAUCUUAAUUCAUGAUCUACAAGAAGAGAUUGAGAAACAGUUUGAUGUUAGAGAAGAGAGCUCAUACAAGCACAGCUAUGGAAAGUAUAAUAACUGGGACAAGAUUAUUGCUUGGACUGAAAAAAUGGUGGAUAAGCAUCCCAAAAUGAUCACUCGUAUUACAAUUGGAAAAACUGCUGAAGAUAAUCCACUGUAUGUUCUCAAGAUUGGGGGAAAGGAUGGAAGAAGAAAGGCUAUCUUUAUGGAUUGUGGCAUUCAUGCACGAGAAUGGAUCUCCCCAGCAUUCUGUCAGUGGUUUGUCUAUCAGGCAACCAAAACCUAUGGGAAAAACAAAAUUAUGACUAAACUCCUGGACCAAAUGAAUUUUUAUGUUCUUCCUGUGUUCAAUGUUGAUGGAUAUAUUUGGUCAUGGACACAGGACCGAAUGUGGAGGAAAAAUCGUUCCAAGAACCCGAACUCCAAAUGCAUUGGUACUGACAUCAACAGGAAUUUUAAUGUCUCAUGGAACUCUUUUUCUGACACUAAGAACCCCUGUAGUCCUAUCUAUCGGGGCCCUGCACCAGAGUCUGAAAAAGAGACAAAAGCUGUCACUGACUUUAUCCGAAGAAACCGGAAAUUAAUCAAGGCCUACAUCACCUUCCAUUCCUACUCCCAGAUGAUACUGUUCCCUUACGGAUAUACAACAGAAUUGCCACCUGGUUACAAUGACCUGGUCAAAGUUGCAAAGAUAGGAGCCCAUGUUCUGUCAACAAGAUAUGAAACGCAGUACAUCCAUGGUCCAAUAGCAUCAACACUUUAUCCCAUAUCAGGUUCUUCUUUAGACUGGGCUUACAACUUGGGCAUCAAACACACCUUUGCCUUUGAGCUCCGAGAUAAAGGCAAAUUUGGUUUUCUCCUUCCAGAAUCUCAGAUAAAGCCAACCUGUAAAGAGACCAUGCUAGCUGUCAAAUAUAUUGCAAAGUACAUCCUCAAGCAUGCUUGCUAAAGAGUUUUCAUCUUUGUGGAAUAAGCCUAAUAAUCUUUCUUUAUGCCUUUCACAAGAAAGUUAUCUUCAAUUAGCUCUAGAUGUAUUCUUCUCAUCACCUGAAUAGGCCCCCUCUCCUGCUCACUCAACUACUAGUUAUUUCUUUUUGAUUUUAUUUUAUCUCAGCAGUACCUUAAAAGAGGUGCCACUAGCUAUAUGUGCAAGUUUUUAUUCUCUUUCUUUGUUUAAAGUAAAAUCUAAAGCCAGCAUAUGGCAUCUGAGAGAUUUAAAGGUGAAGUAAGCCAUACCAAGAAAUAAAAACCUUCAAUUUCUCUAGAA